AUGCUGCACUGUGCCGACUGUGAGAAGCCUAUUCUGGACAGGUUCCUUCUAAAAGUUUUGGACAGACCAUGGCACAUCAAGUGUGUCCAGUGCUGCGAGUGCAAAUGUAGUCUCACAGAGAAGUGCUUCUCUAGGGAUGGAAGGCUAUAUUGUAAGAAUGACUUCUUUAGGAGAUUUGGGACCAAGUGUGGAGGCUGCUCGCAGGGGAUUUUGCCCAGUGAUCUUGUCCGCAGGGCAAAGAGCAAAGUGUUUCACCUCAACUGUUUCACCUGUAUGAUGUGUAACAAGCAGCUGUCCACCGGGGAGGAAUUAUACAUCCUGGACGAGUUCAAGUUUGUCUGCAAGGAGGACUAUCAGAACAACAAUGGGAAAGACACAAUCCUGCUUUCAGUAACGACGUGCAGCGAUCGGAGCCUCUCUCCGGACUCCCAGGAUCCGCAGGACGACGGGAAGGACUCGGAGGGCGGACACGCGUCCGACAAGGAGACGUGCGGCAACGACAACGACGAGCAGAGCGCCGUGGGUAAGCGGCGCGGGCCUCGGACCACCAUCAAGGCCAAGCAGCUGGAGACGCUGAAGGCUGCGUUCGCCGCCACACCGAAGCCCACCAGACACAUCCGGGAGCAGCUGUCCCGGGAGACCGGCCUCAAUAUGAGGGUGAUCCAGGUUUGGUUCCAAAACCGGAGAUCCAAAGAGCGCCGCAUGAAGCAGCUGAGCGCACUGAGCGCGCGGAGGCACGUGUUCUUCCGGAGUCCGAGGAGGAUGAGAGCUCUGGGAGAGAGACUGGAGCCUGGAGAGCUUGGCCAUUUCUCCUAUUAUGGAGAUUAUCCCAGUGAAUACUACGGCCCAGGAGGGAAUUACGAGUACUUCCAAGGCCCGCCUUCAUCCCAAGCUCAGACCCCAGCAGACUUGGGCUUUGUCCCAUCCACGGUCCCCGCCGGCACCCCGUUAGGAGCCAUGGACCACCACCACCAUCACCACCACCAACACGCAGCGGUGGGGCAGCACCACUGCGGCGGAGGAGAGGUACCGUGUUUCUCGGACAGCGCGUCACACCACCCUGCGGACUCGCCCAGCCCAGAGCCCAGCGGGCCCGGUUCCAUUCACAGCAUCUCCAGCGAGCUGUGCGGCCCCGGAACGCCGUUCACCGCUGUGACCCUCAGCGACACCGGAUACAGCAACCAGCUGUCACAGCCCUCCUCUGAACUGAGUGAAGGCACUGCCUGGUAAUACGGACAAAACUAAGCACUCACUUUAUUUUAUUUAUUUAUUUAUUUAUUUAUUUAUUUAUUUAUUUAUUUAUUUAUUUAUUUAUUUAUUUAUUUAGGCACUUGUUUAAAAAGUUUUCAUGUGAAUGUCCAGCAGUACUUUUUUUUGAAGAUAGGCCUCAUUGAUCAAGCAAUAAGCAAACAAUGGUUUAAGUUUGUUUCAGAGGAUGGGAAGCAAAAAUCCUUCUUAAAAACUCAACUAUAUUGAAUUAAUCUGGGGUUUAAUAAUUGGCCAAAGGGUCAUUUAGGCUCCCCUAACCUCCAGAAGACCUGUUAAAACAUUUUUUUUUUAUGAAACCUGAAAUAAACCUGCCUGUUGUAGCAUAAACUCUGUGUUCAAUUAAUAAAUAUAUUUGUUUUAAGAAGAGGGUCUGAAAUGCAUUUAUUUUCUUCACUUUAAUUAUACUGCACUUUGUUUUCAGCCGACUGAUUAAGAAGUUUAGGGUAUGAUUUUCCAUGAGGAUGCUUUAGCAGCACUGUCCAGGAUUAUCAGAAGUUCUGACCUGAACAUGCAUGAUGUACUGUACACUUUUUUUUUGUUGUUCUUGUUUUUUUUUACACACUGACAAACAGAACCCUGUCUCUUUGUAAUUAUGUAAACCAGGAUUUUAUCAUUUGGUUACAAAUCACACGCUAUGACUGUGACACUAAAAAGAUCUAUACAGUAUGUCUCUCAGGACUGUGAUUUGAUUUCUUUUUUGUAACGUCUUUACAUGUCUGCCUUCAGAAUGAUAUCUUUGUAAGUCUGACGAUUUUAUAUUGGUGAAGAAGGGUGAUUUGGCUUCAUCGCGGGUCCAUCUGUAUGUGGGAUUAUGAAGAAAUAAUGUACAGAACAGUAAAUGGUUUUCUUAAG